AUGAUGUUAAGCUGCCUCUUCCUUCUGAAGGCACUUCUUGCUCUUGGGUCCCUGGCAUCCUGGGUAUCUGCAAAUAACUAUGUGAAAGAGGGAGAAUGCCCUCCCGAUAGGAACCCAUGUAAAGACCUGUGCCAGGGCGAUGGAUCGUGUCCACCUGGGCAUAAGUGCUGCACCACAGGCUGUGGGCGGAUCUGCCGAGGAGACAUUCCUAUGGGGAGGAAAGGAGAUUGUCCCAGUGUUAUUUGGAAACGAGCCUGUUUUACAACUUGCAACACUGAUGAGAACUGUCCAGAUAUAAAGAAAUGCUGCAAGAGGGGCUGCAAAAAGACCUGCGUAGUCCCAAACUUUAAACAGAAGCUGGCAGAGUUUUAUGGUAAAUGUCCUGCUGACCCCCUUCCAUGUCAGAAGCUGUGUGAUGGGGACACGUCCUGUCCCCUGGGGCAUAAAUGCUGCAGCACCGGCUGUGGCCACGUCUGCCGUGGAGACAUUCAGGGAGGGCGGGAUGGUCACUGUCCAACUAUUCUGGUUGGCAUGUGCAUUACCAGCUGCGUUCUGGAUAAGAACUGCCCAGCUGGGGAAAAGUGUUGUAAGUCAGGCUGUAGCCGUUUCUGUGUCCCGCCAGUCCAGCAGCUCAAAAUUAUAUCGCACCCCAACUGGACCACCAGUUCUGAUUCUGGUUUAGAGAACCCAGUGCCCUAG